AUGACUGCCCUGUUGAAACUGUACCUCCCUUUGAUCCCGCCGCGUGUUUCAGCCAUCCUUUGUCAAAACGCGGUUGGCUCAGAAGCGCGAGAUCGUCCGAUGCCUGAAUUUCCUUCUGGUUCCGAAGUUGGUGAGGGGGGCUCGAGAUUGAGUCGACGGAAGGGCAAUAGAAGGUUGCGAACCAAGUCGUCCAGUGGACAAGAUGAUGCAUCUGGCAUCUUUGAUGCCGAUGAACGUCAGUCCAGCCCGCCAACCUCGAUCGCUCACACCAAUAGUGAGUUGGUGCCCCUCACCCCAGAAAGCUACGCUACUCGACUCGAAUACAACCCUGCCGAAGGCCAUUGGGGACCAGCCAAGGUCUCCGUUGCUUCCACCCUGCGGGAUCGAGAUCCAAGUGAAACAGGCAGUGAAUACGGCCAGGAGGACCAUAGCAGCAUACUUUCCGAGACGGGAACGAAGCCACUUGCCAUGCAGCGGUCAUUGGGUCGCUCCACCUUCUUGUAUAAGGUUGGUGAGGACAUCGAAGAACAAGCCAAUCAAUACUUCAACCAUAGAGGAAGAGGGAACGAGUAUGGAAGAUGUAUUGAUGUCGGGCCGAGAAGUCUAUCGUCAAGGCAUGCUUUGACGGCCACUGAUCAGCUCAGCUCGGCCAAUCAUCAGCCGGACCUUGUAAGCGGAUAUUCGUACAUCGAUGCGGAGAAAGAUGACUACCACGAUGUGAUGUUAGAUGUCACUCGCUUCUACGAUCCACGCGGCAAGGUGACCUGGGUGCAGGCGAAUAUCGGCGGACAAGCUGAUAAGCCUGUCAGAGUGGGUUGUAUCAAGGGCAUGAUCUACGAAGGCGACAGAAAAUUUGUCCUCGUGCUUUUGACGAUUCCUUUGAAGGAGUUUGAGAAAACAAAGGUUGGAUGCCGUGUGCUCUCAUCGAGAUACUAUCCUCACAGUCUAGGGAGGACUCUUCGGGAGAUGAAAGGGCUCGUCGACAGAGGAACGCCGAUAGGAGAAUUCGGUGAGAUAGUCAGAUAUUAUGCCAGCGCCCACUUGACAGAGCGUUCAUGGACGAAGUUGUGGAUACUGGUACAAGGGAAUUCUUUCAAGCCGCCGAGAAGCUUCUUAGGCUGCGAGAGGAUCCGCUCGAGCCAAGUACCCGAUGAAUCUUAUGACUCGCAAUACGAUACGACAGCCGAUGACACCGAUUUCAAGUUGCCAAGUCGCCAGAACGGUGACGACACCAUCGCGGGAAGUGACACCUCGAAACGAUUCAGUACCCUCGGGACAGAUAGUCUUGCACAUGGAUUACCAGAGCGCUUCACCAGCCAUCGUCAGAUUGUGCAACAGCCAAUCCCUGUCCACGUGGAAAAGCAAGCGCAAGGGUAUUAUCAUCCUGACGGCAAGGUAACCUGGAUAUGGUCUACUCUGCAUCAGAAAUCUUUGAAGGAAUAUCCUGUGGGAUAUAUCAAAGGUUUCUAUUUCCACCGGCGGAGGACUGUGCUGCUCAUCCUCAGAGCGAUACCAUUCAAUGUGCCAAUCGACGUCCUGCGAUGGUACGAGAUCGAAGGCCCUCAGUGCAGACAGCCCACGGGGGAAGGAAGCCAAUACAUGUUCAUGAUAUUCCAAGGGGUCCACGAUGGACAGAUACCCUUGGAUGCUGCCAAGAAACACCUAGCCAUGCUCGCCAGAACCAAGUCCUUCGGAGAUCAGCGCCAUCUCAUCACUCGAACAGUGUAUUUGAUGUUAGAGGCCGACAUUUGCAACAGGGUGGACGGAGAAAUGCCUGCAAUGUCAGACUCAGAGACAGUAUUGCUGUGAGAGGAAGGAUGAUCGGUGAGCCAGAUCCAGUGCAACAGAUUUGUUGCGAGCCGCACACUUAUUCCGAUCGUUCCAG